UAGAGACACGCGCAAUCGUGACACCAGAGAUACGCGCAAUCGUGACGAUAGAGAUGCGCGAGAUUCGAGAGACAAUCGCGAUAAAAGAGGAGAUUCGCGCAAACGUGACACUGAUGCGAAUAAGAGCGGCGCUAACAAAGGCGAUAAUGAUCAGAGACGCGAUCGUGAUCGUAGGGCUAGAGAUGGCGGUACAGCCAACGAAGCUGAAGGGGAUUAUAGAGAUAUAGAUCCUGGGGAGUCGUUGGAAUCAGAGGAAGAAGGGUCGGUAAGGUCUGAUACGUCGUCUUUAAACGACGACCAGACGCAGGCUUAACAAAACAAGCCACAGCCCCCACGCCCGAGCCAGAUCUCCCCUACGAGCAAUAUGACUUAGUUGGCGACGCUUUCGCUCAAAUUUUAAGUAGAAUUAUCGAGUCAAAAGCUAAAGAGAACGGUAGCGGAGAUGAUGCCAAAAAAGAAGGCAAAAAAGACGUUGAAAAAAUCGCAAAGAAGUGCUCCAUGGCAACCAUUAGGGAACAUGUUAGAAAAAGAGAAUUUGAAAAAAAGAAAGUCAUUCUCUCUCUUGGCACAUACGAGUUGAACUAUGGCAAUAUUCGAGAUAGCCAUAUGAGACGCCUCCUACGUGAAAUAGUUGGCACAUUAAAAGAGAAAGGUGUCGAAGACAUUAAAAUUUUGUUUCCAAUGAUUUUUCCAGCUGGAAAAAACGACCGAGGAGUUACAGCUAAAAGAUAUUAUGCUUGGAGGAGAAUUUUUGAAGAAGUCUGUGACAACGAGUCCGUUACUCUGUGGUGGUCGCCAGCAGCAGUAUUUAUCAGGUUGAUCAGGUUGGAAGAUGGAAGGUUGAGGUUUCAACCUGACAAAUCCGGCAAGGUCAUUCCAAGAGACAAUAGGCUGCAAAAGAAAGCGAGUGGCUACGUGCCAAACGAAGCAGGCGAAAAAGAGUUGCUUUUCGAGAUGAAAAAAUGUUACAACCAUAAGUUUAAACCAAAAAAUUCAGUGUUCAAUUCGCAAAACUUAUGCGUAGAAACGAGUACGAACCUGUCUGCUGAAGUUGUCACCGAGUCGGAUGGCGAUUAUUUAGUCACCACCAAAGAGUCAAUUGAAAAAACAAAAGCGAAAAUGCCAGAGAGUAGCAGGCCGAUAGCUCAAAUUAUUGAAGACCUAACCAAGAUGGAAGUGAAGCUGUCUCCGGAUUGGCAGAAAAAAGUCAAAAUGGUCUGUAAAGCGUGGAAGAAUAAGCAAGGUCAGCCUAUGGAAGAAACCUCAAGCGAUGAAGAAACAACGAAAUCGAGCGAUGGGGCACCAGCCAAUCAUCAUGAAGUCGCAGUCAAUCAGGCAGCUGCAGAUCAGAGUAGCACACCAGAGAGUGACGUCAUUGAUGAGAAGCGGACCGAUCCAAACACUGUUGAACCGUUAGUGAGAAGCCAGAUAGAAAACUUCGAUCAGGCUAAGACCUGUGUGGUACCCCUGCGGUUCGCGGAUUUAACCUUAUUUACUCAGUUAGAUUCUGGUGCUACACCUAAUAUCAUGUCAGAAACUUGUGCGAAUAAUCUAAUAAAUAAUUAUAAAGAGAAAAUUGAAUUUAUUUAUUUAAAACGAGUACUUCAGUGUAGAUUGGCUAACAACCAAGUGGUAAGAACGUGGAAAAAGGCAAUAGUAGUGCCAUUGAAAUUUGGCAAGCAUAAGAUCAAAGUGCCAUUUUUUGUGAUGCCUGGUGACAACAAGUUGUUACUGAUUGGCACGAAAUCGAUCGAGAAGCUAGACAUAAAAACAGACGUAAAGAAAGGUACUGCUACGUGUAGGCCACCUGGCACUCACAGAGCUGAAGAGGUUGUAUUUGCAAAGAGAAGCGAAUAUCGAGUUGAAGACAUGUAUACCAACCAAAUACAACUUGAAGAAGAGUACCAAAAAGAGACAGUAGAAAUAGUUUCACGAGCUGAUUUACAUAGUUUUUUUAGAAAGGAUGGAAGGCCUAGAGAUGAUGGGCCUGAAAUCUUUGAAAGAAACCUGAGAAGGUACCUAGGUGAAGCAGUUCGUGAAGGAAGGAUUACGAAAGCGGAGUCUGAGGAGGCACUCGAGGAGCUGCUCAAAUUCAGAGAUGUGUUUAGUAGAUUUCCGGGUAAAUACAAAGGAGCUAUGGUGAAAUUGAAGUUUGUAGAUCCUAACAAAAUUCCGAACUUCGUAGGGCCUAAAUACAAUCCGUCAAACAAGCAACUUGACAAAAUUAGACGUGCUUUGGCUGACAUGGUUGAGCAAGAGGUAGCAGAGCCGUCUGAUACGACUUACAUAAAUCCAUUAGUACCCAAUGAGAAAAAAGACGGAAGCGUAAGACUGUGUUUAAAUCCAGUAGAGUUGAACCCGAUAUUACAAACUAAUUACAACGAGGCGGGCCUCUUAGAUAGAAUAAUUACCUCAGAUGGAGAAGCCCGUUUCUUCACAACGUUAGAUUUCACGACAGCCUUUUGGCAGUUGGUACUGGAUCCAGAGUCGCGCAAGUAUACUGGUUUCAAGGUCGAUGGUAGAGUCUACCAAAUGAUAAGACUCCCGUAUGGCUUGAAAAUUUCAUCUGCGGAAUUUGUAAAAGUAAUUAAUGAAGUAAUACCGGAUAUGCCUGGAGUUACGAAAUACGUGGAUGAUUUGUUGCUAAGGUCACUCACCUUCUCAGAGAUGCUGAGGCUGUUGAAAAAAGUACUUGAGUUGUUGCGUGAGCAUGGGCUCAAACUUAACCCGAACAAGUGUAAAUUCUUUGCCAGUUCCACCGACCAUCUUGGCUUCAAUAUUUCAACUAGAAGCAUAAAAAAACAGAGUAAGAAAAUUGAGGGUUAUUUAGAGUAUAUACAAAAGAAGACGUUAAAGAGAACUGGUAAAGUUAAAUUAGGUAACGUAAGAGAUGUUUUAACCUUAAUAGGGUUAACUGGUAUAUAUAGUCGCUUCAUCCCUAAUUAUCAAGAUAUUGUGAAGCCACUCUAUGAUUUAACUCGGAAAGGCGUGCCAUUUGUAUGGGGCACCGCUCAAGAGGAAGCAGUAGAGAAGCUCACAGUGGAAUUUACGAAAGAGUUUGAGCUUAUGUCACCAGUUGACGGAGAAGAUUUAUACCUAGAUACAGUGUCUACUGAGCAUUCGCUCAAUGGAGUCUUAUACCAAAACAUCAAAGGUGAAGACAAAGUAGUAAUGUUCGUGAGUAGCGCGUUUAAACAACAUCAGCAAAAUUAUACGUUAAUUGAGCGCGAAAUGUUCGCUUUAGUAAGAGUAAUAAAUAAGCUCCAGCUUUGGCUCCAUGGUAGGCGGAUACACGUGAGAGGUGACCUCCAGUCAGUCGUGCACAAGUUUACAACUCUGGCUAAGGUGCAUAGAAAAGCGGCUGGCUGGAUCACAGAGUUGAAUUGUUACGACCUCGUGUAUGAUUUGAAACAUAAAGUAAGAGGUCAAUGGUACGGAAUUCAGGCGCCUGAGUUGACAGUUUACGAUACAAAUUGGACAAACAUGGUGCCAUUAGAUGUGUCAUUUGUAGAAUUGGUAAAAGAUGAAGUCUUGGAUCACCUGAGACGCUUGGACAUCUUCCAGAGUCGUGAUAGGAUGUGUACUAAAAUAGUGCGCAAACUGAACGCCUCAGAGCUUGACAUGACUGCAAAACAGUUAGAAUCAAAGAGAAGAAUGCAAGCUAAAUAUGCAGUGAUCAAAGAGAAAGACAAAGAAUUGCUAUUCAGAAAAUUCAAAGAUGGCUCAAGAAUUCCAGUGAUGCCUGACGAGUUGUUCAGGGAUACCAUUUUUUACUUGCACGAGAUGUAUGGCCAUAUUGGAGCGCAUAAACUAGAAGCGGUCUUUAAACGAUUAUAUUAUUCACCAAAUAUUGUGAAAACUACACGAAUUAUUACGAGCGAGUGCAUCACUUGUAGAAAGACCAAAGGUUAUAGCGAGAAGAAGCGCUUGCAAUUUUCACAAAUAGAAGCGUUUAACAUAGCGGAUGUCAUUUCUGCGGACCUGUGUGGACCAAUAGCGAACGAGUACGGAGAGCCUAAGUAUAUGUUUGUCGCAAAGUGCGUAUUUACGUCGAAAGUGUGGAUUAUUCCACUGGAGUCAAUUCCAGCUGAGACAGUAGUGCAUGCGAUGGAAACUGUGCUCAAUGAUAUAGAGAAGCUGGGCCACAAAGUUCACAAAGUAAUUACAGACAAUGGCAGCCAAUUUAGGAGUGAGGCGUGGAACGAGAUGCUCACCGCGAAUGGUAUAAAAAUAGGCCAUACUACAACUUACAACCCUCAGUCUUCUCUGGUUGAGCGCACGAUGCGCAUAAUUGGAGAUAGGCUGAGAGCAAAGUUGAACGAUGAGCCCGAGAAUGACGAGUAUACUCACCACGGUUGGCACGUGCAUGUUAAGAAAAUAGAGUCUGAAAUAAACAAUACCCCUACUGAAUUUGGCAUAAAACCGAAUGAGGUAUGGGGCAUCGAAGAUGAGUUUUCUGCCAACAUGCCAACCAAAUUGGCUAAGUUAAAUUCUAAGUACCUGCUCAAGAAGCUGCAGCAGGACCAAAUCGAGAAAAAUCCUAAAUCUGUGACUACCGAGACGCUCAUGGAAAAGCCUAUGGAGCUCUCAAACCUGAUACGUGACGAAGAUGGUUAUUACUGGGCAGCCGUUGAUGGAGCUUGCUCAAACAACGGUUCCAGUGAUGCCAUAGCAGGUAUAGGGGUGGCUUGGACUCCUACUGGAGAAUUUAAUAUAUCCGAAAGAGUAGACCACCCUAGGUACCGGAAUACCAAUAAUUUGGCCGAGGCGAUAGCUCUGUGCAAAGCUAUGAAAGUGAUGCUCAAACUAGGUGCAAAAAGAGGAAAAAUAUUUUCGGAUUCAUGCUAUUUAACGACAGCAAUAAAUUAUAAUGUAGAGAAAUGGAAGAUCAAUAACUGGAAGAAUGCUAGUAAAAAACCAGUUGUGCACCGAGAAAUUUUUCAAGAAAUUUUAGAAUUGAAAGAAAAAUUUGAGAAAUUUGAGUUAAAGCAUACACCUGCGAGAAGCUUUGAUCGCAACAACCAUGCCGCUGACAAGCUCGCGCGUAAGGCGGUGUAUACACAAGAGUUGGUAGACCUGCGAGUUGAUGAGAUGACCGAGCAGCAGGCGUUAAUUUCAUUUAUUCGAGAAAAGAGAAAGCUACAAAGAUCAAGAGAUGAAGUAGCGUUUUAUAAAAUUAAGGGAGACCCUAUCUGUUACGAAGAGGGGGAAUUAGUUAUGCUUACUGAACACAGACAGAGCUCAUAUGAUAAAGGAGUCUCGAAAAAAUUGUUUCCUAAGCGUUUUGGGCCUUACAUGGUCAUGAAGCAUGUCGGAGAUAAUGCAUACAGAGUAAGAAGCAUAGCUAACGAGUCUGAUGAGCAAAUUGUCAAUGCUAGGCAAAUGACAAUUUAUUUGAAUUUAGAACAACAAGAGAAGCUCAAAAAUGAUCCGAAAUUAAAGUCAAAGACAGACUCAAGGCCCUUAAUUGAAAAAAUUAAAGAGAAAGUAACGCCGAAAGAGAUAGAAAGGCCAGAAAUUGACGAGGAGGUCGAAGAAGAGGUCAUUGACUCUAAAAUACAUGAUCAAGCAGCAGAAAGAGCAGCUAGGCUAUUGGCUAGAGAAUUGCGAAAGAAAGAGCUAGAACAAGCUGAGGAAAAGAGAGGAAAGAAACUGCAAGAAUUCCAGAAACUCAAAAAGCAUGCGAGACGCAAGUUAGAUGAUAAAGAAAACGAGAAGAUUGCUACGUGCAUUAAAAAAGCCGUUGGUUUGACAACAAAGGCUGGAGAAAUACUUGCGAACGCGGAAAAGAAAGAUAAAGAUAGAAAAAGAACGAAAAAAUUGAAGCCAGGUGAAAAAGCACCUGGGUCAGACGAUCCGGAUUAUGUACCACCUACAAGCACGAAAAGAAGGAAAAAGAAAACAGUAAAUUUUAUAGCUCUGGAAAAAUUAGAAUCUCAUCACCGUGUGAUGUUCGUAGAGUUGUACAUGAAUUACGAGGACGUCCUGAAAUAAAAAGAGAAAAAGAGUAGCUGGAAUUCGAGGUACUGGUUGGUGCCUGAAUUUUAAUCUGUAAAUAAUUUUUUUUUUUUAUUAGUUUUAAAUCUUAUUUUAUUCAAAUUACUCGUAGCAAUAUUUUAACCUAGUUUUAAAAAACCAAAAAGAGCAAGCCAUCGAAAGUAAAAGCAAGUUCUAUCCGAGUAGCAUACGAGCUGUAUGAAGAGAAGUAGUACUAAUGAGUAGGCGGGGGGUAGAAUGGAACGAACGCAACGAGAACGAAAACGAGCGGCUCCCCGCAACCUGUAGUUACGAAGCAGAGAGUAGUCUGUACGUUAGCGAGUAGGCGGGGGGUGGUAAAGAGUCGCACGCAUCAGCUGAUAAAUCUAGAUCGGUUGAAACGAACCAACGAACGACGAAAGUAAUGCCAAGGACGUUGCAGUUUUGAUGUAUUAUUGAUGCGUGUUAUGUAAUAACGUGAAUAUUUGUUGAAAGUUUGCAAUAAAGUGCGUAAUUGUAAAAGUUGGAAUUUUGGUGCUUUCGUGGUGAAUUUUGCGCUAAUUGGUGACCGUAAAAGCUCACGUACGCGUGUGUAUGUGCGAAAUCGUAUAAUUUGGCGUAAAAAAGUAAAAAAUCGGGUAAUUUAUUUGAGAAGUGAACAGUUUGCUGCAUGUUUGUUUCGGUAAGGUCUAACAAAGAAGCCUAAAAUCAAAAUGGCGUAAGUCUAUUGAAUAUGGUUUUUAAUUCGCUCGUGUUGUAUUUUUCCGUUAGAAAAGUGAAUAAAAAUUCGAAACGUGUUGAUUAGAAGAAAAAUUCCAGUAAAAGAGUAGCUCCUCGUGUAUUUCGACUGGGUAAGUUGAAUUUGUUUAUCCUCGUGUGCAAUUAAUUUCAUUGUGUUACACGAUACGUCAUGCUUAAUUAGUGAAAGAUUAUUAAUUUAGUGUGGUAUUUUUUGCACACAGCCGAAGAAGCUACCGGCUAUACGAGAAGCGACGUGGUUUUUUGUCUUGUUUCAACGAGUUGGAAAAACGAUAGUGGUCAAGUGGUGGCAUGAAAUUUUUCGACGAAGUUUUGUUUUAUUACAAAAGGUAAGCGAAAUGCACAGAGUAAACUAUCGUAUAUGUGAACGUAGUGCUAAUUGGAAGUACGUGUAAUUAAAAAAUGAACUACGAGUAGCGUAUUGAGAUGUUUAUUACCUGUUUCAGCUGAUUAGUUGGACGUUUGAGUGGUAAAUAUUCGUUUGACGAGAAUUCUAUCGACGCUGAGAUUAGGUAAGCUGGAUUAGAAGUACCUACGAGUAGUUUACACGUACCUACAAACAAAGUAAGAUAAUACGAAAAUUAAUUACCUGUCGAUGCUUUCAGUAAUAAGACAUAUUGGAUCGCAGUAAAUCGAUUCGAGAAGCUGGAAGUUUAUUUUAGUCAGACAGAGCUAUUGACGUAAAAUGGAUGGCGCGGACGAAAGAGAAGAUAUACCGAGACGAGCGUUUGUUUGGGAUGAUAGCAACAGCAGCACUUCCGAAAGGUAAAGAUCUUCGAUACCUGUAAAAUAGAGUAAAAAUUAGAUUAUUCUCGAGUAGCAUCGAUAAUUAACAGAGUACGGUGUAAUUGUUAUUCAAAUUUAGCGAAGAGGAGAAGACUGUAAAUUAUGUUAUUUUUAUAAUUUUUUGAGAAUGUAAUUGUUUUUUUUUGUUUUCGUUUGCCAAGAGAAAAGCCAGAGAAGCAGUGGUUUUUUCUAUGUUAUUUUACAAGUAGAUGGAUUGAUUAAGUUUAAUUUUGUAUGUUUUUUUUUAGUUUUGUUUAAUUGUUUUGUUUGCGAAAGGUAUACCAAAUAAAGAGUAGUGUACCAAGAAAGUGAACAAGAGUGAAUCGAUUUUUUGUGUUUAUCGUCCAAUGUGAUAUUUGUGUUCCAUUUACGUGAAUUCUGUGGAAUAAUUUCUGUGUUAGGCAAACGAGUAGAAAAUAAGAGAAUUGAAUUUUUUUUUUAUUUAUAUUGUUGUAUCAUCGAAAGAGUAGCCAGAAUACGAGGUGAAAAAUGUGAUAUAGAAUAAAACUUACGUAACGAGCAUUGAUGUUUUCAUUUCGCGAACCAACGUGUUUGAACCGGCAUGGUAAUAAUGGGUAGCUUUGAACACCAGCGAGAUACCUGUAAAAAACAAAAAGAGAAACAAAGUACAAAGUUCUUUUUGGUAAAAGCAGUAAAAGAGAAGUAAAAAUAUUACAUCCCGUGACAGGUAUCAACGAGUAGCUGCGUAAACAAUCCGAGUAGCUGGAGUUAGCGUGCGUGAACUGGUCUAGACGUGUUGGAAUUUCAGCACCUGCGAAAAACAGAGUGUUAAUAUUCAGAGGUAGACUAUGAGUAGAUGAAAGAGUAGUUACCUGAAUCUGGAAGCAGUGAAGCAACGAGUUGAACUCAAGUGAAAAACCUGGAACAGAGAGAAAGAAAAGAGUUGAAUUAUUCGAGUAGCUCACCUGAGUAGUUUCACAGGGUUCGAGUCAAGAAGAAGUUCCAGAGUUCCAGCCAAGUUCCGGCCCAGACAAUGGUAUGAUGUAUAAGAUUAACAUAGUGAUAAAAUUCGAUUGUAAUAUUAUUAUUAACACAAAUGUUUAGAUAUGUUAAUCUUAAGAUCGCGAAAAUGUAAAAAGAUUCUGCAAGAGUAGCCAGAUAGGGAUGUAGGGCCAUAUAACGAGCAGGCCACAUCUGGCAUACGAAGCGGGGCAGGGGGAGCCCAAGUACUCUACGAGACGCUGAGUAGGCCUCUUUUAGGCUGCGUAUCCAGACGGGCCCCCGAGCUAUACCCAGCCGGGGCAUUAUGUAGAGGGUACUUGGGACUCCAUGUUACCACUCUACAGUGGUAAUUUGAUGCCCAGGUCGGAGGCUGCACUGAACCAGGUGCAACGCCAUCUGGUGGACUGGUUCAGGGAAGCUGACGGCCGAGAGUAAGUUACAGAGUUGCUUCGCAGUUUUCCAAUCUUCUUCUAACGAGCAAGAUAGAGCUUUUACGCUAGCUUGGAGAACGUUCAUGCCUUUAAGCAGAAUCUUUCGUUGUUAUAUGAAUGGUAGUAAUUGUACAUUGUAGCAACAUGUACUAUAAACCUUGUUCAUGUGCUUGAAUAAAUAUUCAGAGUAAA